AUGCUAUUACUAAAGAAGGCACUGUCAGAUUGUGUGAAGGACCUUCUCUGUCCAUUCCAGAAUGAGGCCAUUGACCUGGUCGCGGGUAUAGAUGCAAUGGGAUUAAUCCACGGUAACAGGAUCGUCACAACCCUUGGAAAGGGCUUUCUGGCUAUCUGCAAAGCAGGACACGCACUGUACAUACAAAUCCAGAGCCAAGAGUACAGGGACUACUCAGGCAGAGAGAAGAUGGAGGUUCACCUGUAUGUGUUAAGGCCAGGGCUCCAGAUGCUGAUAGUGGACCAGUGGAUAGAGACCGGAGGAACCAUGAAGGCUGCUAUCAAACUGGUGGAGCGGCAGGGAGCGACUGUUGUAGGUGUUGAUGCUGUGCCAAUUGAGAACAGCGAGGGAGGGAAGUGGAUCAAGGAGAAAUACAACUCUCACUGCAUCCCGGAGGAACUACAGAUUCAAAUUGACCAACAAUAUUUUGACUCCUUCCAAGAGCUUCGCCAGUUAAAUGCUCAAACUCAAUGUCAUGCAGUUCCGAGCGGGUAG